AUAUCAAAAUUGCUGGUACUUCAUUCGUGGAAAAGGACGACCAGAUACAUUUAAUUUGUAAUGCUACCGGCCUAGAACAUCCUCCUGACUACUUGGACUGGUUUCUCAAUGGAAACAAGCUAUCAACUCGGAACAGCAACAAGAUUUCCAUCAGGCAGUUCGUAUCUAUAACCUCGCGAACUAUCGUCAGUAUCCUGGAGAUAAACGACGCUCAGAUGGAGGACAGUGGGAUGUAUGUGUGUCGAACCUCCAACCUUCAGAUCGUCAGCAUGAGAGUCACGGUCUUAAAUG